AACAUCGGCCCCGAGAAGAGAGAACAAAGAUAAACCCUAAAACACAAAAUCAUAGCUGAGCAGGGGUCGAUACUGUGAUUACACCUCUUGGGUUCCCUAUUUCAAAGACGCCUUGUGAAUUUUGAUUCUGAAAGAUAAAAUUUGGGAUACAGUGUGUUUCGGGAAAAGAUUUUGGGAUUCUCCGAGUUCAGCUAAUUUUUAUACCCAUUGGAGCAAGAAGUGAAGAAGAGACUGAGGAUUCCCAAUCUUGCCGGAUACAGUUAUUCCAGUUUUCUGAAUUACAAUCACAGUUGAGAGUGAAACGGAUAGAGAGAUGGGGGAGACAGAUGGGAGUGGUGGAAAUGGGGAUUUGGCAGGAGAGAUGGAAGUUGAUGCUUUCAGGAGACUAUUUCCUCUUCGAUACUAUGAGCGUCAUCUCCUUGAGUCUGUACGUCCUGAUGCCAGGCCUCUUGGAACAUCUAGGACUACAUCUGUCUCUCUUGGGGCAGUUUCAUCAGCUGAUGGCUCAGCCUUGGUUAAGAUUGGAUCCACCAUCAUGUUGGCUGCUGUCAAAAUGGAAGUCAUGACACCAUCAUCUGACUCGCCUGAUGAGGGCUGCCUAGCUAUUGAGUUCCACAUGCCUCCGGUUUGUUCUCCACUUGUUAGGCCUGGUCGACCUGCUGAGCCGGCACCUGUUAUUUCCAAACAACUCUCUGACGUUGUGUUAAGUUCUGGAAUGAUCAAUUUGAAGGAACUAUCCUUAAUCAGUGGAAAGGCAGCAUGGAUGGCUUACCUGGACAUAUACUGUUUGGAUGCAGAUGGUUCGCUUUUUGAUGCUGCUCUACUUUCAGCAGUUGCUGCAUUGUCUAGUUUGUGUAUCCCUGAGGUGUCUGUCAAUAAUGAGGGAAGAGUAAUUACUUUGUCUGCUGGAAACAAGGAUAAGAAGACAGUGAAAGAGCCACUCAAUAAAGAAAAGCGGAAGCUCACUCUGAGUUGCAUUCCAUUUUCAUUGACAUGCAUUCUUCACAAGAAAUAUAUCUUGGCAGAUCCUAAUUCAGAGGAAGAAUCUAUCAUGGAAACUCUUGUGACUGUGGUGUUGGAUUCAUCCAAUAGGCUUAUCUCUCUGUUCAAACCUGGUGGACCGUUUCUCGCCUCCACAUCGGUAGUUCAGGGUUGCAUUGCACUUACAAAGGAUAGAGUGAAGGAGCUCCAGAAAAUUCUGAAUGAAGCCAUUACAGAUAUGGAAGUCGAUUAGAUUCAGUUACAUAGAGACGAAGAAGAAAAAAAAGGAUGUGGUGAAGACGUGAUGAAUAGUCAGAGAGAAUCCUCUUAUUAGCAGGCAACAGUUUUGGCUUUCAUAUAAUGUAAAUUUUGGUUCUGUUUUACGUCAUUGCCUGAAGUGCGGUACUAUUUGGUUUAUUAACUUAAUUAAACAUCGGGAGGCGAAUGUUGAUUGUCAUGUUUGAUUAACUUUGUGUAGGAAGCAAUGUAAACAGAUUAUUUGUUGUUCCAAUUUUGCCAAGUAUAUUUAUCUCACUACUUCAGCAUGUGGUGCUCUAGUUUUACAUGUUUCUUGGAUUUUGGCCUUUUGGGCAUGCAUCAACAGAAGAAACUUAGACAAGUGAGUAUAAGUUUAUUCUUCACACCUGGUGAUAUCUCCCAAGAAGAAUGAAUCUCAAUCAGGUUUGAAAAUGUGGGGUCGAAUAAUUUUUGACAUUUACGACCAAGAUUAUUGGGGAAGAAACCUAGGAAUUUUCCUGGGUGCUGUAGAACCACUCUUUUUCUUUCAUUGCUUGUAUUAGUUGACGGCCCCUUAUCAGGAUCUCCAAUUCAGAACACUUCAUGUAAUGACAGAGAGAGAAUUGCACUUACUACUUAUGAGCCUCUAGCUAUCAUGGAUUCUCUUCAAACCUUUUCUUCUUCUUCUUUGCCAUUAUAUUCCCUGAAACACAAAACUCAUACUAGAUAUAACCUAAAUUAUUCUCCAUUGCGGUGCCAUUCGUUGAAGGAGAGUAUUGAAGAUCUGAAACCGAAUUAUGAGCUCGGAGCUCUCGAUGUCUUGUUACUCAAUUUAUUUCGCAACAAAAUGGUUAAGGUGAGUGUUGAUGUAAUGUGAAUUGUGUAUGAAUGUGGUUGUGAAUAUGAUAAGAAUUGAGCGUGAGUUGAAUAGGAGGUUGGAUGGGACUCAAGUAAGCCUGGAUAUGAAGGACUCAUUGAAGUUGCGAAUCAUCUCAUGAACGGUCGAAGCAAUUCAGAAACCGAAAAGGCAUCGGUUAGUAUAUUAAAUUCAUUGUUCCCAUCAUUUUUGUUGCCGCUUUUCCGAAUGCUCAUAGCACCUGUUGCAGGGGGUAAAGUGGCUGCUAUUAUGGUUGGUGAGAACUAAAUCCAACAUUUUCGAGAGCAUUGCCAGAAUUUUUCAUACUCCCUCCGUCUCUACCUGCCUAUCUUUUAGAGACGGAGGUAGUAUAUUUUUUCCCCUAUUUUGUAAGUUCACUAGAAUUUAUCAUGUUUUUGCUACUGUUGUUGAAGCAAGGGUGACUGCAUUAUCCUGUCAAUGGCUAAUGGGGCGAUGCACCGUUAACUCUGUUGAUCUUCCUGAUGGACUCUUUGGAUAGUGGGGUUAGAGUAAUUUUGUUUCACUUCAAAUUCCACAAAUUACAUUCUAAUACCUGACACCUUCAUUUUAUGAUAAUAAACAUUUGAAAUAGGUACUGGUUGAAAGGUGCAAGUAUCUGGAAGAAAGCAAAUGCUUGGGUAUUUGCAUCAAUACAUGUAAACUUCCAACACAGACUUUCAUCAAAGACUACAUGGGUGUUCCUUUGAUGAUGGAACCAAACUAUACUGAUUAUAGCUGUCAGUUCAAAUUUGGGAUACUUCCUCCUAUGCCUUCAGAGGAUAAGAAGCUACUGGAACCUUGUUUGGAAAUAUGCCCAAAUGCAACACGCCGUA